GUCCUAUUCAGGAAGUGGGCGUGGUCUAAGGGGCGUGGGGGGGGCGGAACGCUAAAACGCGCCGGAGGUCCUAUCCCGGAAAACGCCCUCUGCGGUCAAGGAAGGGGAGGUGAGAGGCCUGGAGUCGCGGGUCGCAGGUAGCGAAACGCGCUGCGUCUCGAUUCCUGGGAGAAGCCUGCUGGGCCCUGGAUGCUGGGAUCGCGAGCUCGGGACUAUCCACCGCCUGCCUCGCCUCCCACCAAGUGCGCCAUGCCGCCCUCCGCGCCCCGCCGAGCCCUCGUCGUCUUGCUGUCGCCCCUCCUGUGGCUGCCGGCCGUGCUGCCCGUGCCCAUCGAGCGGGCCGCUGCCAACCAGGAGCCGAGCCCCGCUACCGAGAGCCCGGACACGGGCCUGUACUACCACCGGUACCUCCAGGAAGUCAUCAAUGUGCUGGAGACGGACGGGCACUUCCGAGAGAAGCUGCAGGCCGCCAAUGCUGAGGACAUCAAGAGUGGGAAGCUGAGCCGAGAGCUGGACUUCGUCAGCCACCAUGUCCGCACCAAGCUGGAUGAGCUCAAGCGGCAGGAGGUGUCGCGGCUGCGGAUGCUGCUCAAGGCCAAGAUGGACGCCAAACAGGAGCCCAAUGUUCAGGUGGAUCACCUGAGUCUCCUGAAGCAGUUUGAACACCUGGACCCUCAGAACCAACACACGUUUGAGGCCCGAGACCUAGAACUGCUGAUCCAGACAGCCACCCGGGACCUUGCCCAGUACGAUGCGGCCCAUCAUGAAGAGUUCAAACGCUACGAGAUGCUCAAGGAACACGAGAGACGCCAAUAUCUGGAGUCCCUGGGAGAGGAGCAGCGGAAAGAGGCAGAACGGAAGCUGGAAGAGCAACAGCGCCGGCACCGGGAACACCCCAAAGUCAAUGUGCCAGGCAGCCAAGCACAGUUGAAGGAGGUGUGGGAGGAACUGGACGGAUUGGACCCCAACAGGUUUAACCCCAAGACCUUCUUCAUCUUGCAUGAUAUCAACAGCGAUGGGGUCCUGGAUGAGCAGGAGCUAGAGGCCCUCUUCACCAAGGAGCUGGAGAAGGUGUAUGAUCCAAAGAAUGAGGAGGAUGACAUGCGGGAGAUGGAGGAGGAGCGGCUGCGCAUGCGGGAGCAUGUGAUGAAGAACGUGGACACCAACCAGGACCGCCUUGUGACCCUAGAGGAGUUCCUCGCAUCCACCCAGAGGAAGGAGUUUGGGGACACCGGAGAGGGAUGGGAGACUGUGGAAAUGCACCCUGCUUACACGGAGGAGGAGCUGAGGCGCUUCGAGGAGGAGCUGGCUGCCCGAGAGGCUGAGCUGAAUGCCCAGGCCCAGCGCCUCAGCCAGGAGACCGAGGCCCUCGGGCGGUCACAGGACCAGCUUAUAGCCCAGAGGCGAGAGCUGCAGCAGGCCGUUCUGCAAAUGGAGCAGAGGAAGCAGCAGCAGCAAGACCAAAACCCACCCCCUGCCAACCCCCAGGGACAGCUCAAGUUCCACCCAGACACAGAUGAUGCUCCUGUCCCAGCUCCAGCCAGUGACCAGAAGGAUGUGCAAGCUUCUGAAAAGAAAGCUCCCGAGCAGUCCCCAGAAGUGCCCCAGCUGGAUUCCAAGCACCUCUGACCCUCAGGGCCCCGCCCUCCAACUUCCCGGCAGAUGAAGUGUCCCAUCAGCCUUCUCUGGGCCGCCCCAUGCAUGGCCUCUGGAAGGGGGGACACAGUGACACCACACAUUGCUGCUCAGACCCACAUGUGCCCUUCUCUGCCAGUCUGUUUCAAAGCCUCCAAGUUGUGGCCUGUCUUUCCAUCCCCUUCCGAGCACCUGUGCCCUUCCCACAUGGCCUGGCCUCAGCCACUCCAUCUGAGUCCCUUGGGCACCCUGAGGCCCACAGCAGAGUCAUGCCUGCCACUCGAGGCCUGGUUAGGGUGGUUUGUGGGGGCUGGGGUGGGUCCUCAAGACUUUCUGCUGCCUUCUCUGAGCCAGCAGUGCUGCUGGGUCCCCUCCAUGGAUGCUAAGGCCAAGGUCCUUGGUGUGACUGGGCAGGACUGUCCCUGGGCCUGGCCUCCAGCCACCUCGUAACCAGCCACUUCUCCACACUGGCCAUGUGCAGAAGGCCCUGAAGUUGGUGCCAGCUGCCUAUCUGAUUGUUUGCCCUGCUCUGUGCCCCGCUCCAUGCUCCAGUUCCAUCCAAAUACACCUCCAGGAACAAUCUA